AUGGUCUUCGACGAUUCAGAUAGCGAUGCAGAGAAUGUGCUUAAUGCAAUAGAAAUUACCAUGAUUUUAAGAGCUCCCAAUUUUAUUGGCCACAAUUAUUUUGAUUUCGGCGGAUUUAAAAUUGAAGUCGAAUUAGAUAGAAUUUCGGAAGAUGGCGGCCUAUCGCAAGAUGGCGUAGAAACAACGAGCUUAGCAAAAGAAAACAAUAUACAGCCUAUCAGAAGUAUUAAAAAAGAAAAACGACAAACAUAUUUGGAUUUAGUGGAGGGAAAGUACGAUCCUAAAAAACCGGUAAAAUGUAAAGUUUGCAAAAAAACUGUAAGCAAAUGGGCUUGCUUUAUAAAUCACGCGAAAAAGCAUUUAGGAUUUAAAUACAUAUGUGAGUACUGCGGCAAAAGUUUCAUAUCUUUAAACCAGCUGAAGCGACACUGUCGCUCCUACCAUGGGAUGGCGCGAGAUAUUAAGUGCAGGCACUGCAGUUACCUCGCUCUUGACAACGCUCAGUUGAUGGUCCACGAGCGCCGAAUGCAUACGGGAGAACGUCCUUAUAUAUGUGAUGUUUGUGCUGCAGCUUACUUCAGUAGAAAAUGUCUGAUACAGCACAUUGAAUGCCACAGAACUGUAGCAUCUAUACAGUGCGACAAAUGCUCACUUCUAUUCAAAUCCCAACGCCAUCUAUCGAAGCAUAAAUACGGCGCACACGGCGAGAAGCGGCGCGCGAGACGUCGACUGCAACGCGCCCAGUUGAAGAAUCAACAUGUUGAUUGA